GCAGGUCUGAAUCGGCAAAGCUUCGGCAAAUCUACUCUAUCACGCCCUUCAAGUUUAAUGCCUCAACAACACUCUACCACGCCCUUUCGAUACGACUAGAUUUUCACUGAAAAGACAUGACCCAAGUAUGUAUAAGUAUUUUGACAUCCAGUAUUCAAGUUCUCAUCCAAGAUCAUCGACAAAAUAUGGCCUCCUCAAAACCACAAGUUGAACUCAUCCCUUGGGAUUUCACCUCCCCUGAACAUGUCGAACGAUUAGUUCAGCAGCGAAUUGCGUGCGGAUGGGACUCUGACGCUGUUGAGAGCUGGAAACCUAAGCAAGAGAGCGGAGUUUUCAACCUGCAAUGGAUUGUCCUCUCAGAUGAUUGUCCGGACAAGGACAACAAAUUGCUCAAGCACACGUCCACGUAUCCAUAUGAAGCAGUGCAUCUACAAGAUACCGCUACUUCAUAUGGCGGUAAACCACGAGCCAUUACAUUGCCAGAGAGAACCUUCAUUCCAGUCGGACACAUUUGCCUCGGUCCCGCCCCAGCAUACUGGGAUGAUCCCAAGGAGCCUUUCGCAGAGGGUUCAUACUGGAUUUCCAAUUUCUACGUUUCUCGAGCGUUGCAAUUCAGUGGAGUUGGAAGAGCAGCAAUGGAUACCGCAGAGAGAAUUGCCACUUCCGAGCCUUUGAAUGCUCGAAUGCUGGGUCUCAAUGCCAUCAACAAGGUUGAUCCAAAUUGUGAGGAGAAGUAUGAGGCACUGAAACUUCCAAUUCCUCCUUUCUCAAAUCAGGGUUGGUACGAAAGGAGGGGGUACAAAGUCUACAUGGAUAUUCCGAAAGCCUUCUCGAAGACUGAUUCAACUGGAAAGGCGUGGUUCUGGGAUGCCGUAUGCUUGAAGAAGACGAUUUUGUAGCUGUUCAGGGAAGGACAGAAUAACAAUAUAUUUCCGUGGGACUACCAUAUCAAUAUUUGCCUGGUGGGUAUACUCCCCGAGCUGGAAGUCUAUUCGUAGUACUUUGCGAUGUCGGAUCAAAGUUGAGGAGUUUUCAGACCGUCCAUCUGUGUAAGCGCGCAUUAUGGGGCGCGUAAUUGGGGUUGAGCACGAGCCUAAGGUUCCAUCCAUCGGAUUU